GCUUGAGUUCAGGUGGCGGAGAAACAGCCAAUCAGAAUAGGGAUUUUUGGAACACUGAUGAGGCAAUUCUUAAAAAGAAAAUAUCAAAGGUGGGGAGAAAAAAGCUUAGUCGCUGAGUGGAGCAGAUGAAGUGCCGCGUUGUUUUCAGAGAUGUAGAGGGAAGGAACUGAGUUUCUCUUUAAUAAAACAGAGGGACCCAUGACCCUGACACGAGGAUCCUUCACCUAUUCCAGUGGAGACGAGUACCAUGGAGAGUGGAAAGAAGGUCUGCGUCAUGGUCUGGGACAGCUGAUCUUCAGUGAUGGGACGUGCUACACUGGACAGUUUGAGAAUGGCCUGUUUAACGGCUGUGGGGUGCUGGUUUUUCCUGAUGGCUCCAGGUAUGAAGGUGAAUUUGUGCAGGGGAAGUUCCAGGGAGCUGGUGUUUUCAUUCGCUUCAAUGGCAUGAAGUUUGAGGGCGAAUUUAAAGGCGGAUGUGUGGACGGCCAUGGACUGCUGACAUUUGUGGACGGUGGAGGAGGUGGUAGCCAUGAAGGCCUGUUUGAGACCAACCAGCUGAUAAGAAGAGAGAGCAAUCACGGAGCUGUUCAGAAGGCGCAGGCAGCUUCUGCCAAAGCAAGAGCUCUGGCAUUGUGAUGUGAACCACUCCACCCACACUGUCCCCUGGUAACAGGGGCAUCCUCUAAUCCACCUUCUUUCAGUCUGACAUCCUGAAUAUGUUUUUAAUGCUCCUUUGUUUCAUUGUGCCUAGCUUCUGUAAAUGAUACUGGUUAAAAUGUUCAACUAUAUUUUCUGAUUCAUUUGAAGUCUUAUGUCUGUAACCUACAGUGUUCUCUGGAAUAAUCAGUAAGGUAAUAUAUGCUAACACAGCUUCUGACUCAGGAUCAGUAGGGCUGAACACACUCGUUCGGCACACUGUUAACAGGCUAAAUCUGAUCCAGUGUUUCCUUUAAAAAACACUGGAUGCAGCAGUGUAUAUGGGCAUAGGUAAUCCACACACCAGGCAGGUUUACCCUGGGCUUUAUUUAAGCGUUCUGCAAGUGAAUAAAAGAUCAAACUUUGGUAACAUAUAAAAUCUGAUUUACUUCACUCACUCUUGGAUACUUGAUGGUUAGGGUUUUUAGCUUAUAAACUGUUUACAAAAAAGAGAGAAACAUCUGUAAAGGGCCAGGUUUACAUUUUUCCAUGGAAGUGUUUUCAAUGCAGAACACAAUUACAUCAGUAGUUAAGGUAUUUAUUGUUGAAAUAUAGUGUUAAAACAUGCCCCUGAUCUUACAAUGUCUUAAUGGCUUUUAAAAUAUAUUACAUUUCUUAUUAUUUCCUAAGCAGUCCCCUCAGUUCCUGCCAUUUGGGUCUAAUUAUGGAAAAAUGUGUGAAUGUACAGAAUGAAAACAACAACAGAAUAAUUAUUAUCAGCUACAUUAAUUAUUUUAAAGUACAGCAGGUUACAUAUUAAAUAAUACUGCAAAAACAAAAGUGCACAGUUUAGCCUUCACUGUGGCAAAUCCUAUUUCUAGUCAUGGUAAGUGUGUUUACACUCACUGACAAAGUUAGGAACCUAGAGGGAGUGGUCCAAUUUACAUAUUUUCUUACACAUGCAGACCAGUGAUGGAUAUUUAAUUUGUAAGGAGCUUGCAUUUCUAAAACACGUUAACAAGUCCAGGUUUUCCAUGUCCAGGUCAAGUGUUAAGCCUCUAAUGACUGAAAUGUUCUCACAUCACAUUCAUGUUGUCUAUCUUGCCUUUAUAAUACAGAACUCCUGUAGGAUAAAAAAAUUUAAAUCAUUAUCAUUAAGCCUGAUUUUACAUAUAGACAUUUGCAUCUUUAUCUUUUUCAAAGCUUUUAAUUCAACAUUAAAAAAGAACGUCAUUUUUUGAUUAGUACUCAGUACUCCAGUCCUUAGAGUGCAAGUCUAAGUCAAGUCUGGGUCUCAAUAUUUGUUUAGUGUGACUUAAAUCUAAGUUACAGACUUGAUGAGAACAUCACCAGAGGUCAUAGGUGGUGGCAUCCUUAAGUGAAGUAAUAAUGUGAUAAACACUUGAUCAUGCGAACUCAAUAUAGCCCUUAUAAGAUUGUGACAUGUAACGUUAAUGCUAUCUCAUUUCUGAGGAAUCUUCUGUGUCUGGUUAUCUUGAUUUCAAUUUUCAUUUCAGUCCCUCCACCUGUGAUGCCAGAGCAUAUGAUGCCUGUUAUAGAUGUCCCAACCAUUUACAGUGGCUCUCAAUAGUUUACACACCCAUGUAAAAAUGACACAUUUUCGUGGUGAAAAAAUGGAAUCAAGGUCAUUUUAAAACUUCUUUGGUUUGAGACAGUCACCAUCCCACAUCUUUACUUGAUAAUAUUUGCUCACUCUAUUUUGCAAAAGUUCUCCAAAUCUAUGAGACUAUGAGAAGAAGUUUUGUCCACAGCCCUCAUCAGAUGACCCCAAGACUUUCUGUCAGUUUUAUGUCUGAACACUGGAUAGGCCAUUCUAAACUUAAAUUUUACUCUUUGUAAGUCAUUUUUUAUUAGUUUGGAUAAAUGGUUAAACUGAUUGCGAUGCUGAAAAACAAGUUUCUUCACCUUCAGCUUCUAAACAAGCACAUGAAGGUUUCGAUUCAAAACUGGCUGGUAUUUGGAACUAUUCAUAUUUUUAUCCACCUUGACAAAACCCCUAUUCCAUCUGAAGAAUGUAAUACCAGAACAUGAUGCUGCCACCACCGUGUUUCACUGUGGUGUUCUUUUAAUGAUGUUCUGUGCUUUUUGUUUGAGACACGAGGUUUAGGGAGAGCCGGGCCAAGAAGAAAUACACUUGCCUUGUAGUUCUAUUCCUUAGUCCAGACGUGUAGAAUAUAGAAUAUUGUUUUCACAGGUAAAACACAAUAUGUGCUUAGCAGACAUUCCUGUAGCUCCUUUAGUUUCUUGGCCGACUUCCUGUCAUAUUUCUUUAUUGUCUUCCCAUUUAUUUUGGAGAAGCGUCCAGUUUAAGUCAUGUCACUAUUGUCUUGGAUUUUCUCCAAUUACGGAUGACUGUGCCAAGGUACAUGUUUAUAUAGUAUGUAUAUUGCUGUGGAUUGUUUAUAUUUUUCUCCUGACUGAUACAAUGAGAUCAUUCAUCCUUCGGCAAACAAUUGAUUCAGCUGAAGCAUGUAAAUAACAAAUCAAAAGCUGCUUCAUCACACUAUUAGUUUACGGGUGUGCAAACUUAUGCCUCCAGGUUUUUACAACUAUAUAUAUAUAUAUAUAUAUAUUUACAUUUUUCCCUCUAACAGGUUUGUGGCAAAACAUUUGAAAUUAUUUAUCGCGCCCUUAUUUUCUUACAUCAAAGCCAGGCAUUUUAAUUUAGGUGUGUACACUUUUGAGGGCCGUUGUACAUAUAGGUGAGUGCUCUGCAUGUGAUCCAAACUACGUCCAAGUCUGACCAUUUUUGCUAGAGUUUUACCUUGUUACAUUGACAAAUAUUUUUGCCAAUGAAUGCAUAUUGGCCCAGUUCACAGCAAAUGUCCUUUCAGGGAACCAAACAAAAAAAAUGGGUGUGAUUCAAAUUCAAUAACAUACAGUGAAAUGACACCUAAAUCUGCCUUAUACAGUCAGAUUAGGAGUGAAUUCAGUUACAUGUAGUCCAAUUACUUCUGAUUCAUUCCCAGUAUACAGUCCAAUUUAAACCCAAACUAAUACAAAUACAUUCAGUGUUUAGUGAUGAAAAUUUAAAUCUAAAAGUCUUAUUUAAACUACACUUACCAACAUAGCAAAACAAACAGAUUAAUUGUUACAGUGAAUAUUCCAAACAGUACUAAGAAAGUAAUAUGUAUAUUGUGCAUCUGUUCAUUAAAGCAUAAUCAGGGUCACUUUCCCCUUAACUGGAACCAAACUAAAGCCCAGUGUAAACUCGCACAAACAUGUUGAUUAUGAAAUGAUCACCCUGAGUUUUCUGCCUUCCCUUUAAAAUGUGUAUUUCUUCUAAUGCCUGACCUUCUCUGUGCUCUGGAACACCAGUUUAGGUUGGAUUUUCUUAUCACUCAGUGCCAUUUCAGCCCAGUCUGAUCCCAGAUCAGCAGGAACAUCUUCAGUGCCAACUAAAUUUGGGAGAGUGGUGGAUGGGUUGGCUCUUGGACAAUAAAAGCUGCCACAUUGUGCAGGAUUCAGUAAUGAGUGCAAUUUCUGUGUUGGAGGUGCAAUUUGAUAAUAAUGUGCAAUUUCUGUCUGAGAGCAAGUUUUCCCUCCCACCAGCCUUUCAGUUGGGAGGAUGACAAGCUGACAGUUUUAGCUGUAAAACGAGAAAGGUUAUGUUGAAGCAGAGGCUUUAAGUCAGAUGAUUUUUCCUACUAAAGUGUUUAUUCUGCAAAUCUAGGUUUGGUUCCACAUAAAACUGUUAGUGUCUUUUUCACAAAAGUGCAUGUUUAUGCAAAAUUUACAGUCUUUUACCUUUAUAUCAACAUUAAUUUAACCAGAAGAAACUGUGAUUGAAAAGAAAAUGUUUUACCCUGUCAAUUCUUAGGCAGAUCUAACCGGUUUUAUUAUUUUUUAAUUAUUUUUUACUCAGUUUAAUAUGCCUGUAGGGUGGCUCUUAAAAGUCAUAGUCAGUGUUGGAAUGUUUAAUGUCUGUGCACAGUGUAAUUCCCAUCCACCACAAAAAGACUCACUCACUUUAUGAACCUAAGGCUUAAAGAAACAGUGAAACCAACACGUUUUACCCGUGCAUUGUGGCUGUUGGUAGCCACUGUCUGUCCGUGUAAUGAGACUACUGUGUAGAUGUGCCAUAUCUGUGUCUGUAUUGUCAUGUGUAAGCGGGGGUUGGGUGGUUAAUUGGGAAGUGGAUUUAAUUUUCUGUUACCUGAAUUUCUCACAGUAUGAUUAUUUUAUGAUGUGGAUUUUGGAUCAUGUGUCCUCCUUGGAAAUCAAUUAGACCAAAGGAGAAAAAAAAUAAAAAUCUGAAUUGAUGGAGACUUAUCACAACCUUUAAUUGGCUUUAGGAUUUUAACUGGAAAUGUCAAAACACCGUACUGCUGCCUUUAGGUGGUUUUAGCAAAAGAAUAUCUGAAUUAAUCAUUCGGCUUUGAACAGUGAUUUCCUGGUGUCUUGUGUGUAUGUUUUAUUUUGUCCUAUAAAUAACCAAACGAUCCCCCAUGAGGGUCAUGAAUCCCUUUAAAAGCACAUUUAAACCUCAACUUGAAAAGUUGCCAUCACAUAUUAAAAUGAAUGACUGUCACUCAGCACCUGUAGUAUUAUCAUGAUAACUGUUUGCUACUGUUAUAGUAAUUUGUUGUUUUACUCUCAUGGGAAUUUCAGAUUAUGAUUCCUCAUUUCCUGAGAGGUCACUUCUUUUCUUCUGAGAUAGAAGCAGUUCUUUAUUAUGGUCUUUAACCUCAUUUUGGAUCAGAUCCCAGAAAGACACUGGAUAACUGAUUUAAACUCAUAGGGAUGUUACACUUAAAUCCUCUAGAUAAAACUAUAGUAAUAAAAAACAUUCUUUAUUAUUGGUGAGUUGCAUUUCACUUGGAUGUUGUAGUUUCCAAAUUCCUAGUUAGAAAAUGAAGAGGAAUGCCCCUUCUCAUCAACCCUAACCUUCAAAUCCAAUAUGGCUACUGCUUGUACAAUGCCCUGAAAAAGGUUUUGUCACUUUACAGUUUGCAGCAACCACAGCCAUCAGGUGUUUGUGAUUACUGGCAAUGAGUCAUUUACAUCACUGUGAAGGAAUUCUGACCACCCCUCCUUUCAGAAUUGUUUUAAAUGACCCACAAAGCAGUGCUGUUGAGACUAAAUGGUCGGUUUAGGGUCACGGCAACGCAUCUCCAUUGGCUUUAAGUCCAGAAUUUGACUAGGGUUUGGCAAAACCUUAAUUUGGAUUAUUUUUUAGCUAUUCAAAGGUGGAUUUGUUUGUUUCUUCCUGCACAACCCAAGUAUGCUUAAGCUGGGGACACAAACUGGCCAGGCAUUCUCUGUCAAGAUUUUCCUUUAAAGAGUAAAUUUCAUGAUUUGGAUGGACAGGACGUUGUCCAGGUCCUGAAGACCAUCACCCAACCACUAUCAUGUUUGACUGAUUAGAAUCUUUCUCAAAUGCUGAAUGAGUCCCAGAUGAGUCGCUAGUGCCCUCUUAGAGUAAUUCUGGUAGGUCGGACACUCCUUGGAAGGUCUACUAAUGUGCCAUAUUUUCUCCUAAAAGCUUUGACUGUGGUUCACUUGAAUUUAAAGCCUUAGAAAUUGUUCCCUAAGCCUUUCCAGACUGUCAGUGUCUUUGUUUUUUUUGUUGUUGUUGUUUUUUAGAUCUUUUAACCGUCUUUGUUUUGUCAGACAUGGUUUUUUUUUUUUUUGAGUGGUUUCCUAAUUCUACAGAUCUAGAAAGAUUCAGACCAGUGAAACUAAUCUAAAAACAAUACCGUUAAUCGCAGUUAAUUCAUGAUUUAACAAACAGGGCAAUUAUAUUUUUACAAAUGCCAGAUUGGUUUGGAUAGCUGUUUUUUUAAUAAAAGAAAUCAUUAUUUGAAAACUACUACUAUCAUUUGAUAUUAAAAUUUUUUUGAUGGUCUGAAACAAUAAUUGUAAUAAAAAUAAUAAUAACAAAAAAAAUCUGUUAGGGGCAAAUACCUUUUACAGUAAUGUGUACAACAUGGGGAAAGCUGCAAUAAUAAACUUUUCAUUUACACUUUGAUGGUUGGUAACUCAUUAAAUCAAUCACACACAUAGUUCUACGCAAAUCUUUUUGUGAACAUGUUCCUCUGAGUGCCGUCACACUAUUUCCUUUCUUUCCUUGUAUGUUGGAAUAUUGAAAGAAGUAUUUUAUAAGGGUAUAAACAGGAGCAAAUGAGGAACACGUUCUGUCCUGUCUUUGAACCAUAUGGUAUAUGUAGAUUUGGACACACCCUGUUUUGUAUAUUGCAUGUGUAUUGGGAUGAAGGGUGUUAAAUUCCGAAUGUGGUACUAAGUCAAAACAAGGUGUUACCUUUGUUACACACUACUUGAAAAACGAUGUCCCGUUUAUGCAAGUAGUGUGAAACGAACACUUAAGCCUAUAGGAUCUAACCAUUUUAGAAGUGCAGGGUUUUACUUUCUGGCACAAAGAACCAUUUUUUAACCAUUACUACACAAGUGGAUUAGAUAUAAAACUCAAGCUUAUCAGAUGAUUAUCUGAGCUUAGCUUUGUGUGAAAUGUUGUCCAGAUAGAGUCAGGCCAGCUUUACAUGUCUGCUUCCUGCCUCCAUGCCUGGAGGUGAGAAUGCUAUUAAUCUUCCCAUGUAGCUUUCUGAGAUUAUAGUCUUACCUCAGGUCAGAUUUGAGGAUAUAUUUACUCAAGCAAUGGUUUACAUUUCAGUGCCAUAUAUUACUUACUCUGGUUUCUCCUAAAUGUAGAUAUGCAGUCAGCUAGGCCACAGUUACUUCAUCAGAGCACUGUAAAACAAUUUGGACAAGAUGGCAUGCAACUCAAUUUGUUUUUCAAACGAUUUAUGAUUUUCUUUCCACAAACCUGGAAUAAACCUGAAUAUGGCUUUGAAACAAAGUUUUAACAAUCUUAGCUAAUUAAUGUGACUUUGUUAAAAUACUAGGUUAGGUGAUGGCAUGACUUUGUUUCAGUGUCUGAACUUGACUGUGAAUUUAAAAUAUUUCAGUCAGUUGACACAGAUGUUGCGUUGUUCAUAAUUUCACAGUUUUUACUCCUAAAAGGAGUAAACACACAGAAACAUGUUCAGUCAAUGUGUGCUACACAGUACAAACCAAACCCUUUACUGUACUUAGAGUGGAGGGAAAAACUCUACAGAUGAACAUGAGGAACGACACAGACUAAGUUCAAUGAGUGCCUUAACAACAACCUUCCUCUAUCACGCUAUGAAUAUUUUGAAUACUGCCUCUUUUAUGAAUUGUUUAUGAAGUGUCAUAGCUUUUUUGUUAAAGAAAACAUUUUUUUUGUCUUUUUAAGCUUUGUAAAGGAAAUGAUUAGAAGGAAAGUGUUGGAGGUGAACGGCAGUACAUAACCUGCCUGUCACUCUGGUAAAGAGUACAGCUUUGUAAGCAGCAACAAUCGACCCACCAGCUCCACUUCCUGUAAGCCAUGAAUCAGAUUGAGUUUCUGGGGAAAUCCACAGACAGAGACAGAGGCACUGAAUUGUUAGGGUCCCACAGUCUAUAGUUGUUGUGGUUUUAGAGAAAGACUAAACAUAUAGAGACUGGUGUACCCAAAAUCACAUCUGGUCUGCUCUGUGUCAUGAUCUGCCUGCGUUUUAAGUUCUGUUUAUUUCUCUUCACUGCCAGGUCCUGCACUUGCUUUAUUUUAGUUCAUUCAGGUUUGUUAGAUUUAUUCUGUUGUUUAGGUGUUUGUUACUUCCCUGGUUAGAUGUAUUAGUUUAUAUUUUCCUUAUAGAUCUGGUCCCCCUUGUUAAUGUGCUUUAGUUAAUCUCAUUGUUUACUUGCUUCAGUUCAUUUAGAUGUAUUUAUGUUACCUCCCUCCACUCCCUGCUCAUUUGUGUUAAUUAGUCAAUCUCCCUCAGUAUUCUUUAGGUUCCCUUCCACCAGCUGCUCUUGAUUCUGUCUCUGAUUAGCCUCCUCAGUUCAUUGGUCCACUCUCCACUUCCCUCAGUAUUUAUCCUCUGGUUUUCAUUUUUCCCACUGGUUUCUCAAGCUUCCUACCUGAUGUCAUCCUGUACACUACCCUGGCUUCUACCUGCUCCAUGUCAUUGCUUCUGUUCCACACCCUGCUGUGCUGUAAGUUUGCCUUUAUUUAAUUAAACAAAGAUCGUACUCAUCAUGUUCCAUCUGCCCUCUUGUCUGCACAUCAGUCCAACCCAAACUCAGCGUUAUAUUACACUCUGAAAUAUCAAAAAGGUAUUCAUUUGUAAAUUUUAUUAAUUUCUUUCUGUUCAGUUUUAUUAAAGUCAUGUUUGCAUAUCAGUUUGUGUUGUCAGUGUAUUUUGAAUGUAUUGACUGGUAUUCAUCUUUUGUGUUUAGGUUAUCUUUUUUCUUUAGGAACAUGUGUAUCUUGGGUCUCUGUAUACUGCCUGCAUUGCACAUAUGGAGUCACUUUAAUACCCUAUAGUUGAACCUCUCUGACAUGUUGUUUUUACAGAGGUGUACUUAGUUUGCAAUAAACGUUUUUUGGUCAUUCGAGUGCAAUAUUGAAUAGCUGUAGCAACCGUAAAAUAGAAAAAAAUGACUUUUUAAAAGGGCCUAAAAUCCCACAGUGCAGGAUUCUGAGCAAUCUAAGACUGGGUUCUACUGCUAAUUGGAUGUGCUUAAGCCAGUGCCAUCAUGUGUAGGCCCGGCCUGUAUGGCUGCUGAAUUGUUUACUAAGCAGUAGAAUAUUUAUCUGUUCUACACACAGAUGCAAAGUGCCUGAUAAUGAUAGCCCAUAUAAUACCAUGCAAAGCUAUUCAUACAGCUUGAACCUCUCUAUUAUGUGUAGUUUAUUGGUGUAUUAGAUGGACCAACUCAAUGCAGUGAAAAAAUGUAUAAGUCUGCUUGGUUUUCUGAAGGUUUUUACAAGGUAAAAUCCGAAAAGUGCGGCAUACAUUUGGAGUCAAUUUUUAGAAUAAGCUUUCACUAGAGUUACAGCUGCAAGUGUAUCUAUCGACUUUAAUUGAAACCAUUCCAUCAUAGCUGUAGCUGAAUGUUUACGAUUGUUGUCCUGCUGGAAGGUGAACCUUCAUGCCUAUCUUGAAGCCUCCUACUAAUUUCCUUCCAGGAAUGUCCUUUGUUUUAGCUCCAACUAUCUUUCUAUCAACCCAGCUACCCUGUCUUUGUUGAAGGAAAACAUCACCACAGCAUGAAGUUGCAACCAUCAUUUGUCACUAUUGCAGUGCUGAGCUCAGGGUGAUGUAUGGUUUUAGUUUUACUCCAUUAACAGUUCUAACUUUGUCUAAUCUGACAACAGCAACGUAUGCUACAUAUUUACUGUUUCCCUCACAGGACUUGUGGCCAACUGCAAACAAGACUUUAGGGCUUUUCUUUUGCUGUAAAGGUUAGGUUUAUGUUUGUGGUUUGCUGCAGCUCUUCCAGAGUCACCAUGGGCUUCAUGCCUGUGUCUCUGGUUUAUGUUCUCCUUGCCUUACCACUAAAUUCAGGUGAACCCCCAUGUGUUAGUAUGUUUUCAGUUGUGCCAUACUCUUGCCAUGUUCAGGGGAUGGAUUGAACAGAGCUCAGUGAUGUGUUCAAAGCUUUUUAACCUAAUUCUACGUAAAACUUCUUUAAAACUUUCUCCCUGAUCUGCCUGCUCUGUUCCUUGGUGUUUAUGCUGCUGUUUAUUCUCUAAUGUUCUCUAAGAAACAGCUGAGGCCAGAAACAGAACAGCUGCAUUUAUUUACAUGGAGGCUUUAUUUACUUAAGUAACUUCUGAUGACGUGGGAUUGUUUUUAGGGGUAUCGGAGUAAAAGGGGCUGCCACAUUUUUUUGGAUUUUUGUUUAAAAAAUCUUUUUGCACCCUGUGUCAUGUUCCUUCCAAUUUACAGCUAUGUGCAACUUCGUGUUGAUCUGUCAUUUAAAAUUCCAAUAAUAUAUAUGGAAAUUUGUAAAGUAAAACAUGUACAUGAAGGGACUGCAGUGGCUGGAAGUGUAUCAUUUCUGUUACACUUUUGCUGGCGUGAUUUGACUCGGAUAUGAAAUUUGAAAACCAAUAGCUGACAUCACAGGAGCUGCAACCACUUAAGAUUUCUCAAACGAAUUGUCCCUUAAGGUUUUAGGCAGAUUUCGUGUUCUUCCUUCUUUCAUUCAGCAAAUCGAGAUGAAUCAAUUGUAAACUGUGAUCUUUUUUUCUUUAAAUUUAUGGAAAAACAAAGUGUUCUCACAGAGCAGGUAGAGGUUUGGUCACUCAGGUAUUUCUUUACAGUUAUGUCUGAUUUGGUCAAAUCUGUUGUUUGAACAAAUAAAACCUAAUGAUCUAAAUGUAACUAAGGUGAUGUCAGUAACUAAAACCCACAUAAUGUGGGACACUUUCUUCUCUUACAUGUGGCUUUAUACCUUUUAAGACAUAUUUCAGAUGUGCAAAAGCAUUCUGCAACAACUGUGGCCAUAAUAUAUUUUUGUUUUUAACUAUGAAUAUGUCGUAAAAUGUGAUGUUAAAAUGAAAUAAACUGUUUUAAACCAGAUUUUAAACUGA